CUGUCACUUAUUUUUGAUGACUUUAAGGUUAAUUAAAUGUUAGCGAAAUUUGAUUUGGACCUAAAUUAAAAAUCUGUUUGCAAUGGCUCUGUGUAGUGAAUAUAUAAAAAACGCAUUUCCCCACAUUGACGACGAUUUGAAACAAUAUGUGGAAGGCGUGUUACAAAACGGUGCCGACGACUUCGAAGACAGUGAAGAAGUGUACGAGGCUAUUGGGGAAGUGUUGCAGGAAGUUUCAAAUGACAAAACUGAAGAUGACAUAAGGAAUAUUUGCAAUGAAUUACUACACAUACUUAAACCAGGCAAAACCAAUUCAAGUAAUGGACCUCAACGAGUACUUAAUGCUCCUGUCCAUUUAGGUUCAAUGGCAGCAAAUUUGGAAAAGAAUGUUGAUGAUAUUAAGAGCAUAUGGGUGAAUCACCGUGAUGACAAUUUAAAAGUUGAUGCAAAAAAACUAGAGAAGGCUCAAGCAAAACUUCAAGAAAAACAAGAAAAAAGAUCAAAGGAAAUAAAAACCAUUGCUCCACCCAAAUUAGAAUCAGCCACUGCUUCUCAGGUAACAAGUCAAAAAGAAAGGAAAUUGGAAGCCAAAGGCACAAAUCGGACACAAGAUAUACGAAUUGAAAACUUUGAUGUUGCAUAUGGUGACAGAGUUCUACUACAAGGAGCAGAUUUAACGUUGGCCUUUGGAAGAAGAUAUGGUCUGGUAGGCAGAAAUGGAUUAGGUAAAAGUACCCUUCUUAGAAUGAUAUCUGGAGGUCAACUGAGGAUUCCCUCACACAUCUCUAUUCUGCAUGUUGAGCAAGAAGUUAUUGGUGAUGACACACUGGCUUUGGAUAGUGUCUUGGAAUGUGACACAGUUAGAGAAGAGUUGUUAAAAAAAGAAAAGGAAAUCAGUAGUGCAAUUAAUUCAGGAUCCACAGAUCCUGAACUGAAUACACAGCUGAGUGAAGUGUAUGCUCAGUUACAAAACAUUGAAGCUGAUAAAGCUCCAGCUAAAGCAAGCAUAAUAUUAAAUGGAUUAGGUUUUACUUGUGAGAUGCAACAGAGAGCUACAAAAACAUUUUCAGGAGGCUGGAGAAUGAGAUUGGCACUUGCAAGAGCAUUAUUUUCAAGGCCUGACUUGUUACUGUUGGAUGAACCUACUAACAUGUUGGACAUAAAAGCAAUUAUUUGGCUUGAAAAUUACUUGCAAAACUGGCCCACUACUCUAUUGGUAGUUUCUCAUGACAGAAACUUCUUAGAUAGUGUUCCCACUGACAUUUUGCAUUUACAUUCUCAAAGAAUAGAAUCAUACAGGGGAAAUUAUGAGCAGUUUGAAAAGACUAAAAAUGAGAAGCUCAAAAACCAACAGAGAGAGUAUGAGGCCCAAAUGCAGCAAAGGCAACAUGUGCAAGAGUUCAUUGAUAAGUUUAGAUAUAAUGCUAACAGGGCUGCAUUGGUUCAGUCUAAGAUUAAGAUGCUGGAAAAACUACCUGAACUUAAACCUGUCACCAAGGAAAGUGAAGUUGUGCUUAAACUGCCUGAUACUGAACCACUGUCACCUCCAAUUUUGCAAUUAAACGAAAUUCUGUUUAGAUACAAUGCUGAUAGAAUUAUUUUUAAGAAUGUUAACUUGGGUGCUACCAUGGAUUCCAGGAUAUGUAUUGUUGGAGACAAUGGAGCUGGUAAAACCACCCUAUUAAAAAUAAUAAUGGGAAUUUUAUCUCCAACUGAAGGCAUGAGACAUGUGCAUAGAAAUCUAAAAUUUGGUUACUUUAGCCAACAUCAUGUUGACCAACUGGAUAUGAAUGUUAAUUCAGUAGAACUUUUACAACAGGCUUAUAAAGGUAAACCUAUUGAAGAAUACAGAAGACAAUUGGGUAGUUUUGGUGUGUCUGGAGAUUUGGCACUACAAACUGUAUCCAGUUUAUCUGGAGGUCAAAAAUCGAGAGUGGCAUUUGCCAGUAUGUGUAUGGGCAGACCCAACUUCUUAGUACUUGAUGAACCUACUAAUCAUCUGGAUAUUGAAACUAUUGAAGCUUUAGGAAAGGCUUUAAAUAAAUAUACUGGAGGUGUAAUCCUGGUAUCUCACGAUGAGCGCUUGAUUCGAAUGGUUUGUAAAGAAUUGUGGGUUUGUGGUGAUGGCACAGUCAGAAGCAUAGAAGGAGGUUUUGAUGAGUAUAGGAAGAUUGUUGAAAAAGAAUUGGAAGCUGCAGCACAAGCCAAAUAAUCUGAUUUUGUAAAUUAAUAUUUAUCAACAAUGCUUGUAACUGGCCUUUCUUCCAUCAUUCAAGUCUAGAAUUGAUCCAGUGAACUUCAUAUUUGAUUAAUUUAUUGUAUCAAUAAACUUUAAACUAACAUCUCUUCUACAUUAGAGAUUCUGUAAUGUACAUACAUAUGUUUUAAGCAGUUCUAAGUCACUGUGAUUGAAUAAAACAGUGUAUUUUAUUA